AUGUCCGCGACUGCACUGGAUGCAUUUUACCGCGGGCGUGAAGAGCCUUUGCCACACAUGAAUCAUGUGCCGUACCAUCUCGAGCGUUUUGUCGACGCCGUGGAGGGCAUGGUUCGCGACGAGCAGGCACGGGCUGCAAACAUGCCAGCGUUGCAUCAGCAGGGAGCAGUAGCUGAUACAACGCGCGUGCAUGAGAUUCGCGCUGCUGUGGCAUAUGCCGAUCGUAUGGCUCGCGACGUGCAGAUCACACCGCCCAAGAUGCACGAGCGCAUCCAGCAUAUAUGCUCAGCAGCUGACAACUUGACGGGGAUCUCCAAAAAGCCAUUGCAUGCAUCGCCUGCAGAUGAGUACUGGAACGACUACCUGUAUGAAGGGCUCGAUCUGCUGUCACCAACCGGAGUGGACCCCGCAACAGCGCACGAUGACUCAGAUGAUCAACGUCCUUUGGAAUCUGAUCAGGGCAGUGAUGAAAUGUCAACGGCUAGACUGUCACAAUCACCUAGUGAAAUUUCAGCGACAGGGACGGCCAAUCAAGCUCCUCAACAAGGUAGUACGGCACUGCCGUCCAAGCCAGAGCUCCGGCAGCGGCACAAAUCUGCAAACGAAGGUGCACUGUCCUCCUCCUCCUCCUCCUCCUCCUCAGCUGGUGAUCGACUCUCCUUCGAGAGUGUACGAACGAAUGAUAGUACAGAGUCACGCGCGCCCAUGCUGCAGUCGGAUCGUUCACUGCAAGAUGCUCUUUCCUCAGAGCUUCUUCGAAUGGCAGGCGUGCUGAAAGCCAACACAGUUGCCUUCUCCGAGUCACUUGAGCGUGACCGUGUGCUCGUUGAGUCGGCUACGGGGCGUCUGGAUCAGAAUUUGAGUCUCAUGACGCGGACUCGCGGGCAGCUGGGUGUAUUUUCGAAAAAGGCACGAAGCAUGGGCUGGUUCACGCUCGGCAGCAUUGCGAGUGUGAUUGUGUGUUGGGUUCUUAUGUUUAUAGUGAUAAGAGUAACAUGA